GCUAUCUUUCGAAGACUUUGUUUUUGUAUAUACUCGAGAAGAAGAAAUCCUUCCUUUCUCAAAUCCUUCCCCCAAAUCCUUCUUCUCUGAAUAAUUCUCUCCCAAUAAAACUAGGGUUUCUCUAAGAAAUCCUCCAUUCAAAUUUGGGGAUUCUAGGUUUCUUUCUCCACCGCGUCACCCCAAAUUUUGGAUCUGAAUUUACCAUUAUUAAUUUGAUUAUUAGAAGGAAUUUUUAGAUUUAAAGAUGGAUACAAGCAGAAGAGCAGUUGAAUCAUACUGGAGAUCUCGUAUGAUUGAUGCAGCAACAUCUGAUGAAGAUAAAGUGGCUCCUGUUUAUAAAUUAGAAGAAAUUUGUGAACUACUUAGAUCUUCACAUGUUAGUAUUGUUAAAGAAGUCUCUGAUUUCAUUUUAAAGAGACUUGAUCAUAAAAGUCCUAUUGUUAAACAAAAGGCAUUAAGGCUGAUUAAGUAUGGAGUGGGAAAAUCUGGUGUGGAGUUCAGGAGGGAAAUGCAGCGUCACUCAGUUGCAGUUCGCCAAUUGCUUCAUUACAAGGGUCAGCCGGAUCCUCUAAAGGGUGAUGCCCUUAAUAAGUCUGUUCGUGAAACGGCCCAAGAGGCGAUAUCUGCAAUAUUUGCUGGUGAGGAAAGCAAGCCUGCACCAUCUGAAGAUCUCAAUAGAAGGAUUGAAGGAUUUGGGAACACAAACUACGAGAUCUCAUCAUCAUCAUCAUCAUCAUCAGAUGAUAGAAAAUCAUUUUUCAGUGAAGUGGUUGGUAUUGGAAGUGCCUCUAUUAAACAGGGACUUAGCCAGAUUGCUGCGGCACAUUCACUCAAGAAGAACGAUAAUGGUAGUUAUAGGAGCCCUAAUUUGCGGAGGUCAUUGACAACUGAAAGGGACCAUGAUAGGUAUAGAAGUGCCGAAAGUCAGAAUGAAUCACGGAGCUCUUUGAAUCCUGCUAUUUCUACGAAUUCAGCUGCUGGGACUUGGGGUCAGGAAACAAGAGUAAAUAUGAGUGAAACAGCAAACGGAGUUUCAGGUUCUGGUUACUCAGGGAGUAAAACCCGUGAAGAAAGACUGUUAGAGACAAUCGUUACAUCUGGUGGUGUGCGUUUACAGCCUACCCGUGAUGCUCUCCAGGUCUUCCUUGCAGAGGCCUUGAAGCUUGAUGCAGUGGCCUUGAGUCAUGCUCUUGAAUCUAAGCUUCAAUCACAUUUGUGGCAGGUGCGCAUGAAGGCUGUUUGUGUCCUUGAGUCAAUUAUAAGGAAAAAGGAUGAUGAGCACUUCGAAAUAGUGGCAUCUUACUUUGCUGAGAACAGAGAUUCUGUGGUGCAAUGCUCAGAGUCUCCCCAGGCUUCUUUAAGGGAAAAGGCGACAAAGGUCUUAAACAUCUUGGAUGGAGACCACACUGCCGGAUUGAGGAAUUACUCAGAAAACGACUCUCAUGUAAAAGUAGGGACAGCUGCAGUUCAGAUGCCCGACUUAUUGGACACAAGUGGUCCAGACGACUUCUAUGGAAAUGAAGAUUUCACGCAAACACAAAAUGAUAAUCUUGCACACACAGUUUCAGCAACAGCCCCUGUAACCGACCUGUUUGGUGAUAGCUUGAUCACUGGCUUGAGCACAACUGAGCAGAAAGACGAGGAUGAUCCGUUUGCAGAUGUCUCGUUCCACACGAACGAAGGAAAAGAGCAGACAGAUGAUCUGUUUUCAGGCUUGACAAUUGAUAAUAAAGACAAUACCAAGGACAGCAGCGACAUAUUCACGUCGACAUAUAACAGCAGGCCAGAACUAGUAGAUAUUUUUAGUUCCAGUUCUGAGUCAUAUCUGCAUGAACCAACAGUUGGAAAAGAUAUGAACGAUUUAAUGGCCGGUUUGUCUGUUAAUGGCAGUGCCCCGGAGAUGAAGCAACAAGGAAAUACCUUUCCAGAUUUAAAGACUCAACAGAACCAACCAAUCUCAAAUGAUGUGUUAAAUGGCAUGUUUGGUUCACAGAUGAAUGUGAACCCUAAUGCCUCGUUUCCCUUGGGGACUAUGCCGUACAAUAUGCCUCCAAACAUGAUGUUCAACCCUGCAUUUGCUUCUCAGCAGAUGAAUUAUGGUGUAAUGGGGAGUUUUCUCGCCCAGCAACAGCUUUUAGCAACUAUGUCCAACUUUCAACAACUUGGGAAUUUUAAUGCUCUAGCAGGAAACGCGAAUUUAGGGCAUCUCCCUGGGAAUAGUCAGGAAGGUGGAUACUCUUCCCCCCUACCUGAUAUUUUCAAUCCAGCUUUACCUGCUCAAAAUCACAGCGCUAUCUUGAACAACCCGAAGAAAGAGGAUACAAAAGCCUUUGAUUUUAUCUCGGAUCAUUUAUCGGCUGCUCGUGAUCCAAAAAGGGUUGUCUAAGUUUCAUUGCAGACUGAAUUCUUUGCACUAAUACACAAGGGCCUUCUGCAUGUGGUUAUUGAUUAUCUGUUGGGUGGUAAGUAGAUUGAAGCUGGUUUAUUUUCUCUCUCAACAAGAUCAGGAUUUUUACAAAUGUAUCUGCAAAUAAAAUCUUAGGGGCAGUGUCCGCAAGGUUGUAAUAGCAUUUUGAGCCGCUUUUUUCAUCUUCUAUAAUUUCGUCUUCUUUCCUUUUUAUUUUUAAUUAAUGAAAGAACUUCAGUUCCAUUAUAGAAAAGAAGAGAUGUAUCACAUAAAGGCGAGAAUGGAGUGAGAUUAAAGAUACGGGUACAUAUGUUACUGUAAGAAUAGAAGAAUAGUAUCGGUUGUUGUGCUUGUGCAGUAUAGUUGUUUAGGUGCGUCAAUUAUUUGUUUCUUCCAUCAUUAUUGGACCGGAGUUAUGUAGCUGUGUUAAUUGUUGGCUUCUUCCGAAUGUUGGAGGCUUUUGGUUGAUGUUGUUUAUUGAUUCUGGUCAGUAUUUUGGUUUGGUUUUGAUGCA